GCCCCUAAUGCGAACUGCAAGGGACAGCCUGCUAACCUAACCUAACCUAACUAAGGAAAAGGAUAAGAAAAAAGUUCGCAAAAGAUGUGUUCGAAAAACGGUGAUGGAAAGAAAAUUAAAGCCCAUAGUGCCAAAAGAUCUCACAAAUAUGCCAAAUCUAGAUUUCAAUAAACACUUUUGGGUAUUAAACAAAAACAAACAUCGCCUGGAAAACCAUUUACAACAUAGUUAUUAACAAUUUAACUAAAUUAAACCCAAAACUUGCUGUUUCUUUGCACAAUGACUCCCGUUAUAGUAGUAUAGCAUACAAUCUUAUUAAUUUCAAUUUUUAGUAAACAAUUAUUUAUUUGCACACACACACAUGCAGAAAACAGUUUGGCGCAAAAAAUUCUAGCAGAAUUUCUUUUCGCAGUCGGCAGAAUUAACAUCAACUGCACUUCCCAUUUCAAAUACACAUGUUCGAUACCCUAGCCCUUUACGGUAUGACAUACAUACAAUGUAAAAAGGUUGACGUCAACGAAGCUGGUUUGAUGUCAACGAAGCUGGUUUGAAGUAGCAGCGACUCGAAUUAGACGCGUAAAAACGCGAAAACGCGGCUUUGACAUUUUUGGUUCGGCGGCUAGGCUUAGUCGGCUUAAGCCGAAUCGGUCCAAGUCUCUGGUCUUCUCUAGUUUGUGUAUUACUGAAAGCAGCAGCUGCUUAAAACCUCUUAAUUAGUUUAUACAGUACAAUAACAAAAUAAAUCAAAACAAAUAAUUCACAAUAGAGUUUGACAUUUGACAAUAAAAAUCUAUCGAAAAGAGGAAAAAACACGUAGCCGAAAAAACAAUAGAACUGGUAAAGGAAAAACAAAUAAAUUAAUGAUUUAAAUUAAUUUAUUUGUCUCGUACAAUGUUGGAAAAGGGAUAUUAUAUGCAUUUGCUAACAUGGCUGCUACUAGUCACUAAUUACAAUUGGUUAGCCAAAGCGCACGAUGCCAAAGACUUUGAUGAUACAAUUUUGUACAAAAUUGAUUUUGAUGUUCCGGAUUUCGAUAAAAAUCCUGAACUCAAAGAACAUGUGCGAACAUUUUAUACCCAUGAACAUGAAAAAUAUGAUUGUGUCAUACCCAAUGUCCAGGAAACAAAAGAAGAGGAAAUCUAUAAUAAAGGAAAUAUAAAUCCACUUAUUCUGCUUACUCCCAUGUUUACCAAACCCAGUUGUUCCUAUCGCAUUGAGGCCUACUGGUCAUAUGAAAUUUGCCAUGGCUAUCAUGUACGCCAAUAUCACGAAGAACGUGAGGGUAAAGCUGUUAAAUUUCAAGAAUACUAUUUAGGCAUAAGGAAUGAUGAAGAUUUUAAGAAAUUGGAAGAAGAGUGGGAAGAGAAGAGCAAAGCUGGCCCCAUCAAAUAUAAAACAACUAAAAUCGACAACAUAAAUUAUCCUUACUUUGAAAUGGUACUAACAGGCGGCACAAUUUGUGAUAUAAUUAAUGCUCCACGUACCACUGUUUUGCGUUAUGUCUGUUAUCCACAUGGCAAGAAUGAAAUUUAUUCAUUCAAAGAGACCUCAUCGUGUAAUUAUGAAGCCAUAAUUCUAACAUCUGCUUUAUGUGCCUUCUUGGCUUUUCAUCCGGAGGAGUAUAAAGAGGUGCCUAUUAAAUGCUACAAUUCUCCCACAGAGCCUAAUAAGCCUUUGAGUAUGUUGCGUCAAGAAUUGAGUGAUAUGCAAUUGUCUUUCGAUGAUUUACCAAUGGCAAAAGAAGGUAAUGACGCUGCCUCUACACUGGUGCAAAAAACUAAUGACGAUCAACGGUUUGUUUUUAUGAAUCGUUUAGGUGAUGAUGUUGAUAAAUUGGUAUUUAGUUUAAUCAAGGAACGUGGUAAUGGUUUAAUAAUGCAACAAGAGGGCACUACCGGUGAAAGUAGUGUAGUUAAACAGCCGCCUACUUCACCGGUUGUCUCUGACAUAUCACCACUUUUGGAAUUUAUUAAGGGCACAACUUGUUUGACUGGGGGAUCUGGUUGGUGGAAGUAUGAAUUUUGUUAUGGCAACUAUGUGCGACAAUUUCACAAAGAUAAAAAGUCGGAAACUGAACUAUUUUUAGGCCACUUUGAUACCCAGGCUCAUCGUCAGUGGAUACAAAUGAAUCCGGAUAAGAGGCCACAAGAGCAAUCAUCUUCUAUUUGGCAUCAUUAUGAAAAAGGUUCGAAAUGUGAUCGUACCGGUUUGCCGCGAGAAGUUGAUGUUAAAUUGACUUGCAGCGGUUUGGGUUCAAUGAAUCCUACGGCUGUUUCCAUGUAUCUCUUGGAACCUAAAACUUGUCAGUAUAUUUUGGUAUUUGAGUCGCCAAUGGUUUGCAUGCUGAUGGGUUACACCGACGAAUAUGGUCUGAUAGAUGAUGAAAAACUACAAAAGGUUUUGCUGGAGAAAGAUGCCACCGUUACCACCACUGGCAGCAGCAUUAACAAUAAUGAAUCGCCAGUGCCUGCGGCCACACCAGUGGAUGUUAGACUAUAGUUUAUUACUAUCAUCUAUUUUAUUGUGAUUAUUUUUUUGGGAAUUUUUUUAAAUAUAAAUAUUGUCACAUUCAUUUGGACUUACUGAUUGCCCAGAAGGUAAAUGAAAUUUAAAAAAUGUUGACCUUUCUAAACUAAGUAGUAGACGACAUGUAUUUUCUUUAAAUAUUGUAACUUAAAAUCGUAAAAUAAUAAUGUAAUUAAGUAUUUAAUAAAAAAACAUAAAUAAGUUAUGUAAAUAAUUACAGAGUA